GAUCCCAAAAAGCGACCUUAGUGCUCGCUGCGAAAGUUGGAGCAGCUUGAUGUCAAGCAACUCUUCAACGUCCACAGUUGGAUCGCAAGUUCUUGUCACUUACUCCGAUGUCAGCUCUAACAGAGAAACAAGGACGAUUAGUCGGUUGAAACUUGCUCUUGUGGCUGUGUCAUUCGGACUCCUCGUAAUGACUGUUCUGUUUGUAUGGCAAAUCACAAAGAGAAAUGAUUCUUCAGAGCAGGUUAGUUAAUUUUUUAAUUAAUUUUUAGACCUAGCCUUCCCACUUCUUUCUUUGGAAAAUAGAAUGUCAACGAAUGCUUCACAAAUGAAUUACUGUACUACAAAAAGUAUGUUGACAUUAAUUUGCUUCACAAAUUAAAUUUAUCCUCUUUUAUACUACUUCUGAAUUAAGCUUUCAGUCAAAUUUUAUUUUUAAAAACUAAUAUGAAGAAUAUAUUACAAUUAGAAGUGCUCCUUGGUUAUUCAGGAUCUCGCACCAUAUCACCUGUGACCUUUACUUGUUUUAACGAGAACAAAUGUUGGCGCUGUAAUGAUAGUAAUGUGUUUAUGAGGCAGUAAAUUCCGAGUUUUCGAUUCUUUUACGGAUAAGUCUCAAAUAACGGAAUUCAAAAUAUCCGGGGCGAAAGUCAAAUUCCUACUUCGUAGGGUUGAUAAACUUUCACGCCAUGGGUGCCAUGUUUAAGCUAACCCUUAUGUAAGUUGGCAGGCCUCGCAGGUUACGUAACCAGGUUGUAAAGGUAAUUUUAUAGUGGAUCCUCCAGAGACUCCGGGGACUUCGCACGCUAUAAAGUAUUCAUUAUUUAAUGAAGGAAAUCACAAAUAGAUAAGCAACUACAAACCGAUUUCUUUACCAUCUGUGCGUUAAAGAUAAUGGGACAUUUUAUAUACCGGCAAAUUCAAACUCUUUUCUGGUAGAUUAUCGAAAUUGCUUCCGACGAGGGCACUCACGUGAAACGCCACUAAUCACGGUUAUUGAACAACUGCACGCAACCUUGUCCUUGGCCAACGAAGUCAGCGUUAGUCCUCGAAGGCAUUCGACAAGGUGUCCCACCAACUCCUUUUGGCUGAAUUAGAUCUCCACGGAAUCCAUGUAAAUCUCAAGGCGUGACUUGAGAAAUGGCUGACUACUCGACACCAAACUGUGCUUGUUAACGGUUUAUUGUCUUUAUUGUCACCUGCAAUUUUCGCUUCUGUUAUUCCAGCCAGAUUAGGGAAGGCCCAGGGGACAGCGUUAGUCCUUAUGUGUUCCUUUUAUACACAAACGAUAUUGGCAAAAAUGUAAUAGCCAAAAGCGGGCCUUUUUGCAGAUGAUUACGCCGUGUUGUUUGGACAGUGAUCAUGAGAAACAGUCACUAUAGAAAGUCAAGCACGCACGCACGCACGCACGCGGGGCUGACCUCGUGGCAAAUAUCGUUUAAUACAAAGAAGUGCACCAUGCUAAAAUCCUAGGGUACGUCUACACGUAUCGUGAUACGCUGAAACCGCAUAUUUGAUAUUUGCCUCAACACGAAUUCGGUGUGGUCUACCCGGUUUGGAUUCAGUCGACCACACAAAUACGCUAUUGCGAUUAAUCACAUUUGCUAACACCCUCGUACCCAGGUCUUCGUUCCCCUUGACCAGCGGUCGGUCAAUCCAGUGUGCGUACAUUUCUUUGCCGUCGCUGUAUGACUACAAGGUGAAAGUGCCCAAUUUCACGUUUUGUCUAGGACGUGAACACUAGAAAAUGACUUUCAUUUUCUUUUCCUGAAAUUUGAUACAGUCUUUUAGAAUUUAACUCCAGAAAAAUUUGCCAACAGUUGACGAAUUGAACGAGUUGGAGUAAUCGCGGUAAAGUUUAAAGCAGCGCGAACUCACUUUUUAAGUGACGUUUUCGUAGCCGUCGCCGUCGUUGUUGCUUGAGCUCGUAUGAGCCAAAAAGUAUGUGGUUUCAAAAGUAUCCGGAUUCGUGUGGACGAGGCCUUAAGCUCGAAAUCUCCAGUUUUGAAUGCAAGUAAACCAUUUAUGGGGAACCUUUGGAGACCGCCAAACAUCACAAAUACCUUGGAAUUUUGCCGAUCUGUGUCCGAUCCAGUGAUCUGAACUGGGGUGAUUUUAUCACUGGUAUGAUGGGAAAGGCAAACAGCUCGAUCUUGCAGGGGUGUAGGUAGAAUUUAAGGAGGCACGUUCAGUUUUCCAAUCGACCGCACCCCUCGAAGCAAAUUGUUUCGUCGCGUAGGAAUUAUCUCUCUUGGUUUUCUUAGCUGUGACGGCUUUCGUGUAUGGCAAAAUAGGAUUAAAAAACACUGCAUUUUAUUUUGAAAAAAUCAUAAGAAAGAAGUUAAAGAGGACUUACACGGAUACUACUGACAAUUAUUUACCUUCUGUCUCUUUGCUUGGAUUUCUAUUUUGUUUUCGGUUAUUUAUUGAUCUUCAAGAAAAUGUAAGAGAACAAGUCCACCUUGCCGUAGUUAGACCGCAGCUUGAAUAUGGAUGGCAUGGGACCCACAAUGACUACUGGCAUUGGAAGUGUGCGGCACGGCAUUGAAAAGGCAGCAUGGUUUAUACCAUCCUUUCGAUGGCGUAUUGCGUUAUUGUAAUACCAGAUCGAUCAACCUCAUUUCUAGGCGUGGCAGCCUAGCUGUUUAUUCCCAAGUGACCUAAAAGUGUUUAUGAGAGUUUCAUUCCCAGUAAUCGGGAAUGAAUCUAUCAUACCAGCUAACGUAGAAACAUAGUAGAGUUGAUGCAUUUUGUUUUAAAUGUUAUCAUUUUAUUUUAUUUUAUUUUUUGUUUUAGAAGCCUACAGUUGAUCCUUUAAAGAACCAGGUGGGUGGAAAGUAGUUGGAGAGAGAGUAAACUAAAUAAAAAAUAACAGAGAACAACCAAAAAAGGAAUGGAAAACAGACUGAAUCCUGAAUCACUUCACUGUACCUUUCAAAACUAGAGAAACUGCUCGGAAGGCAGCGAUUUGAUGUGGAUUGCAGUUAUCUAAUAAAAAAAUUACCCCAUUUUUAUUCCUAUUUUAGAAAUACUUGGAAUUUAAAGCAUCCCCAUGUCCUAUAAUGAUGGAGAAAGUUGAGCCGCCAUUCUUACUUCCUGCUCAAGUACAGCGGUAUCUCACACAAGCAAAUCUUAUCCUCGAAUCCCUUAAUGGACGUGAUGGCCUGGUAUGUUCAGUUAAAUAUUGAUCGGUUUUAUUUGUUCUGUACAUAGAUUUCUGAUUGAUGUUGCUGAUGAUGAUUUGCAAUUUUGUGAAAGAAUUAGCCAUAUCGUAAACUGCAGGCCGCUUAUUUGCCCUGGGCUGAAACAUCGCUCUAAGGGGUUGGACGCAGGGGCUUAAAACCGAAGGGACUUACAGUCUAACCUCUCCUUACGGACACCUCUCUAUUACGGACAGUUCGUUUGGUCCCAGAAUUGGCAAAAAUCAAACAUUCCCUAUCUCUAAUACGGACACCUCUGUAAAGCGGACAAUUAGUUCUGUCCCUUGGUGGUGGUAUUAAAGAGGUUUGACUGUAUAUAUAAUCAGAUUAGAAAAAGUUAGAAAAAGUGCCUCGAAAUAAGCUAUUGCAGUGAUGAUCGAAAUGCGUUUCACAUUUAAUGUUUUCUACUACUUAAGCUUUAAAACGGCAUAAUAUAUAGCUUGCGAGCAAGCUCUCCGGGGCGCUCUGGCGACGGGGAGAGCUUGCAACUACGUCUCUGGAAAUUCGAAUUCCCUCUCCAAUUCCCCUGUGGUUCCCCGUCGACUGAACUGUCUGAUUUUCGCCAAUCAGCGCGAAGCGCCAGAGCGCCCCGGAGACCUUGCUCGCAGGCUACGUACUAUACUGAAGUCAUGUCAAUACAUGCUAGAGGGAGGCCUAUGAUCAGAUGCUUUUUUUACAGGUAGAUGGGCCAAUAACUGGGGGUCUUAUAACGGAGGGGGAGGGGGAGCUUAUAGGGGUCAGUUUACGAUAGUGCGGCUCAUCCCGUGGAAUUACUUUUUGUCUUCUACAGGGAGGAAUUGCUGCUAACGUAAUAUAUCAAGACAGAGUUGUGUGGAGACAAAGUUACGGAGUUAAAGAUAAAAAGCAGCUAAGCGACCCCCCUGAUCAAGAUACUGUAUUCCGUGUCGCCAGCAUUAGCAAAAUAUUUACUGUAAGUUUUUACCGGGUUUUACCUAUUACCUGCACAAGAAACCGGUUCAUGAUGUGAACUUCAGUUAAUCUAGUUAUACUGAUUACCUAUGCAGGUUUUUAAUUCACCUACAAGGACACCCUAAAUAACACAUUUAAAGAGCUUUAACGGCCACCAUUAAAAAAAGUACACUACAUUUAAGUUUUAAUGUAUUUAGCACAGGGACCCCAUUUUACGUGGUCAUCCGAGCCACACUAAGGUCUAGCCGCGCCGUUUACAGGGCAAAGAAUGUACCUUAAUUACUCACAGUUAUUUUAAGACCCUGAGUAAUUGUCCAGUCCGCAGUCUCCCGAUCUGUAGUCAAGCGCUCUACCGGCUGUGCUAAUCCUGGUGCUAAUCCCGGUUGUCCUGGUGACCUGUACAACUUAACUAACAGUAACCAAAUGACAUCUCUUCAUUUCAGUGCUCAAAACGAGAUAAAUUUCUUUGAAAUGGUCUACCUCCAUAACUUCAAUGUUUAUUUCAUCAAAAAUGGUUCCAUUGAUUGUUAUUUCUGUACCCUUGCUGCCUAGCUUGCGGUUUUGAACAAGUUGUUGCCAAAGCUGAUCCCCCUCCCCCCGACUUACCUUUGGUGUUCAUCGGCUGGUUACAAGAGGUGAAAGUGUAUUGAUUUGUUUAGGUGGUAACGCAGAAUAUUCUAAUUAUUUUUAACAACAAAUUGUGUUUUUGCUAGGUAUUAUUUGUUUUUAAACUCUUGGAAACUGGAAAUAUAGACUGUCUGGACGAUCCUUUAGAACUCUACGAACCACGAUUUCAAGUCAAGAACCCCUUCAACCAACAAAAAAUAACAAUCAGGUGAGAAAGCUGAUGGUUUGCUAAAGAAAACUGUGCUG